AGACAGUUUGUCGCAACUGAUGAUAAAAAUGUUUGACGAAUAUAAUUUACUAUUGGAACCAGACGGAGAAUUGCUUAAAAUGUACGGUAGUAUAUACUCUGGUGAUGUGAAGGAAAAAGUGUUUCAACAGACUUUCGACUCGAUUUAUCAUGAAAAGAAUAAAGGGCACAGCAGACUACGCUUUUAAAAUGUGAACAAGCUUUAAGGCGCAUCAUUACUAUACUUACUCACAUUUGCCACUGGUAUAGACAGCUUUAUAAGCAAUUCUACCGCUCAUUUCGUCAUAAUUCUUUACGUAGAAAACCACAUACUUUGCUUUGAGUUUUACUAAUCUA